GAACCCGGUUUGCGUGACGUCAUUCACACUGCCGCCGACAUUUUGUGUGGGGUCUUUCCGUUUGUGUCUCGCUUCUGGUUGAAUACGCCUCCCACGAGCGCACGCUUACCACCGUGCAGGGUAACUUAUUUCCUCUCAUCCGAACAGCAUGGCAGACUUCGACAACUUCGAGGCCAACUUCGACGGUCCGCCAGCCGCCGAGGAAGACCCUGCUGCCGAAUUUUUAGCCAGGGAGCAAGACGUCCUGGCAGGCUUGGAAGAUGACAACGACAACUUCGGCGUCAAUGUCGCGGAACCCUUGGCCGAUGGCCCUACAAACGACAUUGCUGCAGAGUUUGGUGAGAUACAGAUGAACGGGCCUUCGGAAAUGUUGGCCAACAAUGUCAAUGACACCUCGCCAAGGCCGACUCCUGUUCGCGAAGAGCCGGAAAAAAUUAAGAAGUGGCGGGAGGAGCAGGCAAAAAUGUUGGAGAUCAAAGACGUCGAGGAGGAGAAGAAAAAGGACGAGCUCCGAGCCGCGGCCAAGAAGGAGCUAGACGAGUGGUACGCCCGUUACCAGGAGCUCAUUGAGAAGUCCAAGCAGGCAAACAGGAAUGCGGAGAAAGAGUGGGUGUGCGAACGGGACGCGGCCAAUGCGGAGGGCCGGGAGUGGGAGGAGAUUGCCAAGCUGUGCGACUUCAACCCCAAGUCGACUCGCAACAGCAAGGACACGUCUCGCAUGCGCUCCAUCAUCUUGCAGUUGAAGCAGACCCCACUGGCCGCCACCCAACGGCAGCGAAAAGAGGCCUAAAUAACGGAAAAGGCCGGUACGAUGGAGACGCGAGGAGGGCUCCCUGCAAGGCAGCCCUUCUGCGCCGUGGAGAUCCUGCCCGUGCUCAGCAAGGUGCCGGAUGUUCUUUGGCAGCCGCGGAAGAAAUCUUGUUGACUGUUGGACCUUUAUCCCCGUGCAGUGUUCUUGUGCUGGCGUACACUACUGCAACAUUUGGUUCCGAGAAGCAGUUUCCGUGUAUGUUCAGAGGUUCAUACCCAGUGUUCCUCCAAUAAGCUUACUUGUGUGUCGACGAAGCAAACGGUUACGGGAUUAUUAUUUUUCUAAUUUCUUUCGCUAUGAAAGGGAGCAGAGAUAUACGAAUAGAAGAUUUAGUGUGCAGCCUACCUUUCUAUUCACUUGGUGUAAGGUUAGUCAUGAGCGUUUUGGACUUUGGUUGGAAUAGUUCUACAUUUGUGCAGCGUAAUGGCAGUCAGUUGUAAUUUCGUAACUUAACGUAUCUCUUGUGUUCUGCGGCAUGUUGCAACGUGUUUGUGCAGUUGGUUAUGAACACAACGCAUGUGCGACAUUUAAUGUUUUAUGUGCCUGAGAAGUCGCUAGCUAAAUCAUGGUGGGAUCAACUACUAGUGCCCUCACAAGUAAAAUUGUGUGAAAAGCCCGGUUUAGUUUCGUUCUCAAAAUUUAGCGACUAGACAAAAGCCCACAUUCAUACAAUGUAAAAGCGUUAACCGGAAAAAAAAAAAAAAAACCGUCGAGAAGCUCGUAUAACUUGAAUAUGUGAAUAUGUUACAGAAUUGCCUAUGCAGUUUUGCGUUGCUGGUGCGCACCACAGAAAUUACUGGCUCUAAUCUAUCUUUUGUGGUUAUAAUAAAGUAGGAAGUGUACAGAAUAUACUUAUUGGAAUAAAUUCUGGCGUCAUGGCUUCGACGGAUCGGCUUGGGGCACCCCAGCAAUAUUCCCGACCCCAUCACCCCCCUGAUAAGUCGAAAAGAUGGUUGUCCUAACAAAUCAAAGGUAGGCCCUUCAUCGGUUCUAGUUGCAAGAAUUGGGAGUGUGAUCUACAGAUGUUUGCAUUCAUUAAAGCAGAUUGUGGAAAAUCUUAA